UGUGCUUGUCAAAUUCUCAUCUCUUGGUUUAUUUACCUAUUGUUCGUUUUCGGUUCAGUCACAAAAAAUAAAAAUAAUCGGGGAAUCCUUGGAUUGUACAAAUGUUGAUCACAUUUAAAUACGCUGACUAAUAUUUUAAAGCUAAAAACAUGUUCCUGUAUCUAUUAGCUAUACAAGUAUUACUUUAAAGAAUAAAUAGCAAUGCCUUUUGUAAACAUUUUGUUUUGUAUUGUGGCGGUGAAGUGAAUAUUUUCGUAACAACAAUGAAUUUCCAGAAUAUAACAUGGAAAUGGGAAUACAUAUGUGGUCCUCAGGGCCUAGUUCCUUGGAACGAUUCGAUAAAGGACUUUGGAAUGUGUUUUCAAGAGCUUUUCUUACAAAUACCUGUAUUCUUUUUGUUCGCUGUAACUUCAGGAUAUUACGUGGGAUUAAGAAAAAACUGGGUAGUGAGAGAAAAGACUCAAGAACGAUCAAUAACUCUUCGUAGUUUUGUAGCAUUAGCUCUUUUUUGUAUUCCAAUUAUACAUAUGUAUGUUAUCAUAUCUGAUGAUCAACUGAGGUUAUUCCCUAUCAAUUAUUUCGCUGCUGGGGCGGCAUGUAUUUCAUGGCUGGUACACUUCGGGUAUGUAAUAGCACUGAAACAUCGCCUAGGACAAAGUUCUCGAGGUCCAAUAGGUCAGCUCAUCCUGUGGUUUCUAAUAGUGACAUUUAGUAUAAUACAUCUUCGAAGCAAUAUUCUUAAUGGUGCUCCCACAUCAUUCGACAUUGCUAUAAUAUGUUGCCAUUCUUUAUAUCUUCUAACACUGCUGCCGGCAAGUGAUUCUAGGCCUACAUUUUACUCACCAUGCCUUGUUGGUUCUCAACAUUCUCAUAGUGAAUACACUCCACUUCUCCCCCAAGGUGAUGAAGGUGUCCUUGGUACGGCUAUGCAAGGUGCAAACUGUUGGUCUAAACUUAGUUUCUCAUGGGUGGAUCCACUUUUACAAAGAGGAUUCGAUAACAAGUUGCAAGAUUUGGAAGAACUCUAUGACAUUCCAGCAAGGUAUAGAUGUACUUAUGUGGGAGCAAGGAUGGACAAGGCACUCAUAGGCAAUGUUGACAAUUAUCAACAAUUUGCUGAAGUACCACACCAACCGUUUAUAGGACCUGGAUAUGGUUCUCUUAGUGAAACUCAGCCUCAGUCAUCUACACCAGUCACUCCCACAUCUCGGGUGUUACUUCGUCCAAUACGGCGGCAAAACGUCUCUUUGUUUCGUGCCUUACACAGUUGCUUUGCCCUACAGUUUUAUGGCAUUGGAAUGCUUAAACUCGUUUCUGACAUGGCAAGCUUUGGUGGACCAAUACUUCUUAAUAAAUUAAUCAUGUUUAUUGAAGAUGCCAGUAUUGAUCAACAUUAUGGGUAUAUAUAUGCAGCAACCCUUUUAUCGGCUACGGUCAUAUCUGCUUUGUUUAAUGUUCAUUUCACUUGGUUAAUGUCUGUGAUUGGACUUAAAAUGCGCGGAGCCAUAGUGUCCACUAUUUUAAGAAAAACUUUGAGUGUGACGUCCACGGAACUGAACAAAGCCUUUUCAAUCGGUGAAAUUACAAAUUUUAUGUCCACUGAUACUGAUAGAAUUGUAAACUCCUGUCCAAGUUUUCAUGCACUGUGGAGUAUUCCUUUGCAGUUAUUCAUCACACUAUUCCUUUUGUAUAACCAAGUUGGCAUAUCAUUUUUGGCUGGAGUGGCAUUUUCAGUGAUACUUAUACCAAUAAACAAAAUAAUUGCAAAUAAGAUUGGACAGCUGAGUACAGAAAUGAUGAAACACAAAGACAACCGAGUGAGCCUUAUAAGCGACAUGCUCCGCGGCAUACGGACUGUAAAAGUACAUGUGUGGGAGGACUACUUCAUCAAUAAAGUGUCAGAGGCUCGUGUUAAGGAGCUGAAAUACCUGCGCGGGCGCAAGUACCUGGAUGCGGUCUGCGUAGUUCUGUGGGCGACUACCCCAGUGCUGGUGGCGGCUCUUACACUAGGCACGCACGCACUGCGUGGACAAGUUCUUAAUGCUCCUAUUGUAUUCACAACUGUAGCAUUAAUAAACAUGUUAAUCGCACCAUUAAACGCAUUUCCUUGGGUUUUGAACGGACUCACUGAGGCUUGGGUUUCUAUAAAACGUAUACAGAAACUUUUAGAUUUAAGAGACAUGGACAUUGAACAUUAUUAUGAUCGUCUCAACACAAACUGUGACGAAGACAAAGUUAUUAUAAUAAAAAACGCUUCCUUUGCAUGGGCAAAGUCUUCGAUCCGUAGGAAAUCAAUGCCAAAAUCAAAGAAGAACAAGGGGAAGUCCCAAAAGAAGCUAACCAAAUAUAGCAUUCAAAGAAGAGAUUCAGUGUCAUCGAACGAGGCGCUUAUACAGGAGCCGUUUAUGUUGCAGGAUAUAUUUUUUGAGAUUGGUAAAGAAGAACUAGUUGGGAUUGCUGGGCCAGUGGGUAGCGGAAAGACGUCUCUUUUGUUAGCAAUUAUAGGUGACAUGUUGAAGCAGAAAGGAGAUAUACAGAUACCAGAAUGUCUUAAUAGUUUUGGUUACGUGCCGCAACAACCGUGGCUUGUGCGUGGAACUAUACGAGACAACAUACUGUUUGGGAAACCUUACGAUGAAGUCAAAUUUAGAUCAGUUAUUGAAGCUUGUGCUCUAACAGAGGAUCUAAAUCUCUUGGGCUGGAAUGCUUACGUCGGCGAGGGUGGGUGUACACUCAGCGGCGGGCAGAGAGCGCGUGUAUCUCUCGCGAGAGCCGUGUACCAGGACAAACAGGUGUAUCUGUUGGACGACGUGUUGUCGGGCGUGGACGCAACAGUCGGGCAACACAUCAUGCAGCGUUGCAUUCUGGGCCUGCUGCGACACACGGCGCGUAUUCUCGUCACACAUUCGCCGCGACACCUUGCGCGUGCGCACCGUGUGCUGUUGAUGCAAGACGGGCGGAUAGUCUCGCAAGGUCCACCAGAAACUGUUCUAAAUGAAAUAGAAGACUUUCUGCCCAGUGAAACAGAAUCUAUAGGCGAAGAAAUAGAAGCGCAAGGCGACGCGGACGAUAAACAAUCACCCGAUUUAGACGUCGUUAGCCAAAACAGUUUGGAGAAUGAUGAAAGUAUGUCUGAAGGCACAGUUGGUUGGUGGGUUAUCGGGCUAUAUUUGCGCUCCGUUGGUGCUUUCUUAACAAUGUGUAUCGUAAUAUCGCUAAUACUUAUGCAACUGUCGCAAAACUUCACAUUCAUCUGGCUCACAUUCUGGGUCAGAAAUAAAAGCAAUACGUCCGUUAAUUUGCAAACAAUCGAUAACGUCCACGAGAACACAACAGCGCUCGACCAUGGCUUCAACGUUUUUGACAACAUUGUUCAUAAGAUAAUAAAUACAUCGAUUGCAAUGAUCAACAGUUUCAGUGGAAAUAAUAACACUAGUAUAAGAACCGAUGACAUCCUCACGAAUAAUAUGUAUCCCACCCAAACCCCAGUGUUAAAAGCAUCAGCAUUCACGGACAACUAUUAUUUGGAAGUAUACUUUGGUUUGGCUGGAUUGAAUUUAGUGUUCACUAUAAUGCGAGCUUUUUUGUUCGCUUACGGAGGAGUUAAAGCAGCAGCGAAGAUCCACAAAAUUCUUUUGAAAGUUAUUGUAAAGGCAAACGUGAAGUUUUUCGAUGUCACUCCCACAGGGCGAAUAGUUAAUAGAUUUUCAUCGGAUACAUACACAGUGGAUGACUCGUUACCAUUUAUCUUGAAUAUACUGCUCGCACAAAUAUUUUCUUUGAUCGGCGCGGUGGCGGUAACAGUCUACGGGCUACCUUGGUUGCUAGUUGGCGUCUUACCUAUGGCUUUCAUAUAUUACAGAUUACAGCGACGUUAUAGGAUCACUUCCAGGCAACUCAAAAGGUUACAGAGUGUUGCUUUGUCCCCGGUCUACGUACAUUUUAAUGAUACGCUUGAAGGGUUGAGCAAUAUCCGCGCACUCGGCGCUGCCGCUCGCUGGGCGGAACGCGGUGAGGAGAGCGUUGAGCGUUGGCAGCGAGCGGCACUGUGCGGUGCAGCAGCGUCGCAAUGGCUGGCACUUCGACUGCAGGCCGCUGCCGCUGCCGCUGUUGCCGGGGCCGCACUUGUAGCCGUUUUGCAGCGAGCCACACACGCCGCCGACCCGGGACUCGUGGGCCUAGCGAUCUCGUACGCUUUAUCGAUGACAUCAAUGCUAAGCAGCGUGCUUAACUCCUUCACCGAGACCGAGCGCGAAAUGAUUGCUGUAGAGCGAGUCGGCGAAUAUAUUACACAGGUUGAAGGUGAAAAAAUGGACGGGGAGUCACCACCGUACGGUUGGCCUUCGCAUGGAGUUAUAAGUUUCGAAGACGUAUUUCUUAAGUAUGGCGCGAGGGAAAACGGCGAGAGUGCUCUGCGCGGCGUAACAUUCUCGAGCCAUCCAGGCGAGCGGAUCGCGGUGGUGGGGCGAACAGGUGCGGGGAAGAGUUCGUUGCUGCGAGCCGUACUCCGUCUCACACCAUGCGCUUCGGGCCGCGUGUGCGUUGACGGCGUAGACGUCGCUACGCUGCACUUACAAGCGCUCAGAUCCCGUAUCGGCAUAAUCCCGCAAGAGCCGUUCAUAUUCUCGGGCAAUAUCCGAGAGAAUGUAGAUCCGCUGCGUCAAUACCUAGACGCGGAGGUUUGGCGCGCGUUGGACGCGUGCGGCGCAAGAGACGUCGUGACCGCACGCGGUGGCCUAAGCGCGCCCGCAGAUCAGAUGUCUCGCGGCCAUGCCCAGAUGCUCUGCCUUGUGAGGGCGUUGCUUCAGAAAGCCAAGAUUCUUCUAGUAGACGAGGCGACAGCGAACCUCGACCAAGAGAGCGAGCGGGUCAUUCUCGACACCAUUCGCUGCUCUUUCGGCGGCAGCACUGUCGUGUUCGUGGCCCACCGCCUGACUGGCGUGCUGGAAUGCUCGCGAGUACUGGUACUGGGAGGGGGGAGGCUAUUGGAACUACGGCCACCUGAGGACGCACUCGCCGACCCCACCUCUCAUCUCUACAAACUGCUGCAUCCCGAUCAGUAACAAAUAACUUGCGCUUCUUGCCCGCGUGCGAUAAGUGUAUUCUUUCAUACAGACUUGCAAUGAAUGACAUAAUGAACCCCGACCCAUUGCGCCACAACACCCUGCCGGGCUAUUAAUUCGUGUUCGCAAAGCGUUGUUUACAUCUAUGCUGAGUACUCGCGAAAAGUCCAUUUCUACAUACAACGCUUUGUACGCUGUUUUACGAAAUAUACUCCGACCUACCGUGUCGCAGCGCCCGCCUAGACUGUUACUUCGUUUUCGCAUACCUUUUUUUCUAUAUAUGAUAUGAGCACAUAAGGGUCAAAGCGUGAUUUAAAACAUUUCUUUCAGCUUACUAAACAAUUGAGCUAAUAGAUUUUGAAACUGACUAGUUCCAAAGAUGUUCGCCUUCAUAAAAAACCAAGAAACCAACUUUAUUAUUAGUAUAAAUGACAAUAUGUUAACAAUCGUACUUGGCCGGACUAAAGUUGGCUCUUGGAAAUAUUGCAUGUAGCAUGUACUGGAAUGUGUAAUGUUAUUGUUGAAUUUCUGAAUGCCAUUCGGGCUUAUUUAAGUCCGGCUAACUUACAUCGUGCGUUUUGUACGGCGGGAAAAACUAAGUGUACCAACCACGCAACUUUAGUGCAGGUUUUGUUAUUUAAAUAAACCCACUGCUGGGAACAGGCCUCCUCUCUUAUAGGAGAUUAGGAGCUUUGAUCCUCUAUAGUACUUAAUGCUGGAUGGCAGUCUUUAACGAUGUCAUUGCCACAAAUUGAGAUAAUAACCUAGGACUAAAAUGUGAAUUGACUGGAGUUUAUCAUAACGGUCUCAUAGGGUUAAUAUGACGUCUGUACAGAUCCAAUAUGGCGGAUAUGACACUCCAAAAAUAACGCAAAUAAACAUAAAGAUGUAUUGGGUUCAUUUAAGGUCUUUUUGAGUAGAAAUUAGUAUAUUUUUAGUAGAAUUUAUCGAUCAAUAAAUAAACCGUUUUUUCGUGGUAGGAUUUUUUAAACAAGUGAGGUUUUAAGUUUCAACGUUGUCUUGUCGAUAUUUGUAGUAAAUUGGCUAUUGUUUGGCUAUAUUUUUCGGGUACCAACCAUUUCAUACAAAUGCAGUUAUAAACUAUCGGUGGCGCUGCCAAAAAUGCCUUGACCCUACUUGCUAACUUAUCACGUUUGUAAAAUAAACAACUAUUCUUUCUGUACAUUCCAUGUUUCUAUUAGUAGAUAAUUCUAUUAAAAACUAUUAUUAUACUUAUAAUUAAGUUAAUUGCUCAUGUAUUUUAAAAACAUAUUAUGCUUGUGUUGUAAAAUAAAUUGACAUAAUUUCGAACUGAUGGUAUUGUAAGACUAAAUUAAUUAACCGAGGGAAACUAGGUCGAGCGUCUUUUAUAAAUAUUUCUUAUUUUAUUUUACAUUACCUUGUGGUGCAUACAUUAGCAUGUGGUGUUUUCAAUCAAUUUUAAAUAGAGCAUAAAAUAAUUAUUCGAAGAUUAGAUGAUAAAGAUGCCCAUAUGUAAUGCUUAAUGCCUUAUUUGUUGCUGUUUUUAUUGUUCAAAUCCAAAACAGUGUUAAUUUCUAGAUGCGGCUGUAAACAUUUAUAAUUUCAGUCAUGCCCAAAAAAUUUUAAACAUCUACUUAAUAUCAACAAUUAAUUAUUCUUUAUUAUUAGAAGGAAAUAUAAACGAAAAACGUUUCACUUUCUGAUAUGAAAAGUCUUGAUAUAUAUUUUCGUAUAGUGAAAACUUCUCUCUACGGUGAAAUAUUCUUAAAAAGGAUAGCGAUACCUCUUGGCUAGUUUCAUAAAAUACAAAUUUCAACAUUUGUCUUCUACCUGUAAGAUAAAAAUCUUAAAGAUUUUAUUAAUUCUGAAUACUUUGAACAAACCCAUAAUUCGCACUUAUCCUAGUAUAAGCGCAUAAUGGAUUAACUUUAAAACAGAGUAUUUUUUUUCUUACAACGCAGGUCUUUUUUAAAGCAUCAUUUUAUUAUUAUAUAAUCUUUUGUUGAACGCCUGCAUGUGUUCUGUGGUUAUAAAGGUUUGCGCACGCGGGACGCGCCAGAGUGCAACGUAUUGCUACAAUUUUCCUAAAUGGCGGUGAGCUCUGGUCACUGGCUCUGGUCUGGAGUAUUGCGAUUCAAUGCGUUGCGAUCGGCACUGUCCCACGGGCUCUAGCCUUUAUAUGCUUGGUGUGACUUCAUAUUAUAAGGAUAGACCUAAUGUUAAGAAUUGAAACAAAGUAUAUCAGCAUAUUAUAAUAUUUUUCAUGCAAAUUUUAAAUGCCUGUAUUAGUAAAAAAAAUAUUUAUUUUUAUGAAUUAAAUCUAAUGGUGUGCCUGAGUAAAUUCAAACAUAAGGAUAUAAGAGUAUAACGUUUUUUUAAAAUAAUAGUGCCAAUUAUUUUUUUCAUGAAUCGUAACAAAACUAAAUUUCCUCUAUAAAAAGGAUAGCGUUAUUUCUAGCCCGUUUAGUUUAGUUUAGAAAUUUGUUUACUACAUCAUAAUAUU